AUGAACGCCCGAUAUGACCCCCAUUUCCAUAUGAAGGUGGGUUCGACUCUUCGUCAGCUGCGCAAGGAAAACUAUCUCAUCAUCGGAACCGGCGGAGCGGUUCACAACCUCUAUCGCAAUCGCUGGGCCCCUAUGCUUCGCUUCCGCGACAACUUCGCACAGGAUUCGCCCCCGGAGCACUGGGCACUCGAGUUCCGACAAUCCGUCGAGGAUGUCUUCCUCAAGACCUCUGGGCCGCAAUUAAGACGCGCCAUGACGCGGCUGAUGAAGCAUCCAGAGUACCGCGAUGCGCAUGCUACAGAUGAUCAUUUUAUGGCUGCCAUGUUCGUUGCGGGCGCAGCUGGGGAUUUCGAGGAUGAGGGAACCCCUGCUAUUUUGGCGACUGAGACGUGGGAACUUACGAACAUGUGUAAUUCUCAGUUUACGAUUGGCUCUUGGCCGAAGGUUGCAGCAUAA